AUGAACGACCUACUCUCCCGAUCUUUUUCCGGCGGCCGUGUUGCCGAUAUCGAGAUGGCGAACACCGCCGCAGCCGACGGUGUAAAUCUUGACAAGUUUUUCAAAGACGUAGAGGAGAUCAAAGAAGAGCUAAAGGGUCUUGAAGAUCUUCAUAAUCAACUGCAAGAAUCAAAUGAACAGAGCAAAACCUUAUACAAUGCAAAAUCGAUCAAAAACCUCCGGACCAAGAUGGACAACGACGUCGCUUUAUCUCUCGAAAAGGCCAAACUCAUCAAGAACCAUCUAGAAGCCCUAGACCGUUUGAGCGAAGCCAAUCGCAACCUCCCUGGCUGCGGCCCAGGAAGCUCCACCGACCGUACACGAAUCUCCAUCCUCAACGGUCUACGGAAACAACUCCAAUCGUCAAUGAAGUCCUUCACCGAACUCCGCCAGAAAAUGGCGGCUGAGCAUCGAGAAACCGUUGAACGGAGGUACUAUACCGUCACUGGAGAAAAGGCCGAUGAGACUACAGUAGAUACCCUGAUCUCAACCGGAGAAAGCGAGAGGUUUUUACAGAAAGCAAUCAAGGAGCAAGGAAGAGGGCAGGUGAUGGAAACAAUACUAGAAAUCCAAGAACGGCAUGAUGCUGUAACAGUGAUAGAGAGACAUCUGAGAGAACUGCAUCAAGUUUUCAUGGAUAUGGCGGUACUGGUGGAGAGCCAAGGAGAACAACUGAACGACAUCGAGAGCCAUGUUAACAGGGCAAGCUCGUUCGUAAGAGGUGGUGCACAGCAGUUGCAGGUGGCAAGAAAAACUCAAAAGAACACCAGAAAAUGGACUUGUUUUGGGAUUCUUUUGUUGUUCAUCGUCAUCGCCAUUAUCGUUCUUUCUAUUAGGCCAUGGAAGUAG